CCGCCUUUUCCCCCCAGAUGACCGCGAGCGGGCAAAGCCGUAUGCGGGAGGCGGGCUGUGGAGACUCCAGGUGUUCAUCGUCGUUGACUCUGGAGGGAAAUCUUGAUAGGGAUUCCACCGUCUAUGCGGGGCGGCUGAUUGGCUGAUGUGUCGCAGUCGUGGCCGGUUCUUAUCAUCAGCGACGCGAUAAAGAAGGGCCCGCUGCUAGUCAAUUGUAUCUUACAAUACCAUCACGGCAGGCAGCCCAGCCCAGCCCAGCCCAGGCACUGCGAUAUCUCGAGCCGUCGAUUGGUCCGGCGAGCAGCAGUGGCCCAUCGAAAUGCUGUCGGACGAUUCAUUCAAUUCGUCUCUCCGCUAGAGGGUCAUGGAUUUGUUUCCGUCGCUGUCUUGGACCGUGUCUUGCUCGCUGCACUGUGCUUUGUACUGUAGUAACUUAGUAUGUGCCUUAGUAGCAUCAGGCACUCGGUGGAGGAAGUUAUUAGGGGGGGGGGCGGUCAACGGCAAUGGCUAAUCGCUGGAGCAGGGCGGGCGGCCAGGCACCUGGCGACCGUUUGCUGCGUCAUCCGUUCAUUGAGCGGGCGCGCUCAUGCCACCAGCCAGCUCCACUUUACACCACCACCACUGCACAUCGCUCAACUCACUCACUCGACCACUCACUCACUCACUCACUCUUGCGGCUUUCCUCACCAGGCUAGAGAUAGUAGUACCUUACUCAAUCUCACCCGCCACGCCAUGGUCAGCACCGGCAUGGCGGCCAGCACUACCUCUCCUCCUCCUCCCCGGGACUUCUCCGGCCCGUCCCCUCCGCCCACGACGUCGUCUUCGGCGGCACUACCUCCAGUCGUAGCAGCGCCAUCAUCAUCAACAACAACGACAACAUCAGCAGCAGCAACGACCACCGCCGCACCGCCGCCCUCAUCGACAUCGCCCUCCUCCCCCUCCCCCUUCAUCUUCCCCCGCGAGUACCACUUCCCCGCCUUCUUCACCCGCCAGACCAACCUCACCACCCACCACGCCCAGCUCACAAAGUGGUCCGCCCUCGUCCUCGCCUACGCCCGCCACCACCGCCUCUUCCGCCUCGCCCUCUCCGAGGCCGCCGACUCGGACCUCUUUCGCAACCGCCGCAUCGACCGCCGCCUCGGCCCCGCCGACAUCCGCGAGCUCGUCGACUUCAUGCGCAAGGACGGCCGCGCCGAGUACCUCUACUCCUCCGGCUCGUCGGGGGGCAGUGCCAGUGCCAGUGUCGCCGGCGCCACCGCCUCCGGCAGGGAAGGUGACGUCGUCCUCAUCUACUGGCGCAAGCCCGAGGAGUGGGCCGCCGCUGUCGAGGCCUACGUCGAGGAGACGGGCCAAAAGGGCAGCGUUCUGACCGUCUAUGAGCUUACCGAGGGCGAGGGCACGCGGGGAACGGAGUUCCACGGCAUGGACAGCGAGGUCCUGCUCAAAGCCCUCAAUGUCCUGGUCAAGCGCGGCAAGGCACAAAUAUUCGGGCAAGAAGACUCCCUGGGUGUCAAGUUCUUUUAACACGACGCUAGCUGCAAACUACCACUCUUACACCGAGAUGCCAUCCUGUCUCACAACGCUGCCUACAUGCGUUUGAGACGCGAAGAAAGAGAGAUGCUCAAAAGCCCUGAGCGCAAGCACCACCACGCUCUCCAGCCAACUCCAUAACACCGUCAUGACAUGCUUCGAAAAGCGGACCUCAAAAACGUAGAUGCCCUGUCUACUUGGCGGGGGAGUUCUCCACCAGGUAUUUCUCGUCGUAUCGCACCUGCUGCGCCAUGGCCACGUCCAGGAGCCAGUCCGGCGCCACGAUUCGGGGCUCCAUAUGACCGCUCUCCGCCAUCUCGAUGAACCUGGACCAGACUUGCUUCUCCUCGGGCGUAUUGCCGCUCAGGAGGUACACGGGUUCGGGCGGCGCACCACCAUCCUCCUCCGCCGUCGUGGGCUUGAUGGUCGUGCCGCUCCGUGCGCGGUAUAUCUUGAAGAUGGCUCCGUUGACUUCGGCGAUGGAGCGGUAGCUGUCGGGCCCGUUGCGGAUCUUCUCGGUGCAAUAGAUGGGGAUGCCCUGAAGCAGCCUUCCCUUGUUCGAUUUGGCCCUCGAGGACGAUCUCUCGAGCUUCAUGUCGUACUUCUUCUCCGCCGCGGGGUCCUUCAAAAGGAAGUCGUCCGAAGACGGCAUCUCCCCGGAGUCGAUCGCCGCCUCGAUAUAAUCCGUAGACAGCACUCGUGCGCCCCGCGACAGCGCGCACAAGAAUUUAACGGUCCGCAUGACGCACGGCGCCGCGACAAAGUCGCAAGGUUGGCCCUGCUGUACAAUCUGUAUACCCAUGUCACGAAGUUUUCUCUGCGUCUAGAGUCAGCAUCCAUAGAUUUGUACCCAAGAGAGCCAAACACGUUGCUUACCCGGUCUUGGUCCUCUUUGCUCCUGUCGCCUACCCAUCGCUUAAAGCCGGUCACGACGAUGCGCAUCUCGACCUCGGGGAGCGAUGGCCGAGACCUCUUGGUCGGUCGCUUGGCUUCUUCAUCGUCGUCCUCAUCGUUCCUCGCCGUCUUGCCCGCCUUGUCCUUCUCGGCCUGAUCCGCCGCCCGCUU